AUGAAUCUUAAAGUUUUUGGAUCAUUAUGUUUUGCUACUACUCUUUCUGCUCAUAGAAAAAAACUUGACUCCAGAUCUAGGAAAUGCAUAUACUUAGGUUUUAAGGAUGGUGUUAAGGGUCACAUACUUUUUGACUUAAAAUCAAAAGAAUUGUUUCUGUCAAGAGAUUACUGUUUUGCUGACUUUUUGUACAGGUUUCUUCUUCCAGCAACGCUUAUUGUCAUUAAUGACAUUGCUGCUUAUUUCUUCGGUUUCUUCUUUGGAAGAACCCCUUUGAUUAAGUUAUCUCCAAAGAAAACAUGGGAGGGUUUUAUCGGAGCAUCUGUUACAACCAUCAUAUCUGCAUUCAUGCUUGCUAACAUCAUGGGUGGUUCUCAGUGGCUGACAUGUCCAAGGAAGGAUUUGUCAACUGGUUGGCUUGACUGUGAUCCGGGACUACUGUUUACGCCGGAAUCUUACUCAUUGUUGGGAUGGACUCCUCACUGGUUUCCUUGGAAAGAGAUAUCAAUCCUACCAGUUCAAUGGCAUGCUUUAUGUCUUGGGUUGUUUGCUUCAAUUAUUGCACCUUUCGGAGGCUUCUUUGCAAGUGGAUUCAAAAGGGCUUUUAAAAUAAAGGAUUUUGGUGAUAGUAUUCCAGGACAUGGUGGACUUACCGACAGAAUGGACUGCCAGAUGGUUAUGGCCGUGUUUGCGUAUAUUUAUCAUCAGUCAUUUGUUGUGCUGCAAAGUUUAUCAGUUGAAAUGAUUUUGGACCAGAUAUUGAUGAACCUAUCAUUCGAUGAACAAGAAGCUCUGUAUAGGAGGCUUGGGGAAAUGUUGCAACAAGGAAUUCAAAGGAUGACUUAGAUUCAUUGCAAGGUGUAUUUGUCCUUUAUCCUUCUAUUUGAUUCCUUCAUUUACAAGGAAAAUGGAAAAAGAUACUUUGUAAAUGUGUGUUCUAUCUAUUGAGUGAAAGGGAUCAAAGAUUUAGGAACCUGUCAAGAUCUGUACAGUGUGUAUCUUGACAGUUAAAAUAUGACAGUCUGUUUCUCUCGCUACUGUUCUCGAAUAUUUUAUUAAUUGCUUUACUUGAACAGCCAUUGCUAACUCAAAUAUCUUGGAAUAUUCAAAUAGCCAAUGGCAGGUCAAGAUGAUGCCUUUAUUGUUUUUCAGUUCCUUGGGGGAAUGUUAACAUUUUGCAAUUAACUGUAAUUUGAAUGACUUUGGAUAAAUUAUUCUACUGCAAUAAACAGUAAAUCUUGUUCUACUUGCUA